UUUUGUCGCUGGCUGUAAAAACAUAAAAUCUGUGCCUGCCUAUUUCGCGUUUCGCGUCCCUCCGUGUGUGUGAAUAAUCUAAAAUGAGAUAGAAUCGGGAAAACCACCAGAUAGAGCGACCAAAGCAGCAGAGAAAAACCGCCCAAGCACACCCCCUUUACGCUGCUGCUGGUGCUGGCAACGCUGCUAAUAAUUUCUCCGGGGGCGCUCCGCUGGACAAAGUGUUUUGGUUAGCGUGCGCGUAUAAAUAAAUAGCAUAGCAGUGAAAAAUAGCAAAUAGAAAGUGUAUACCCCCACACAUGCCUGUGCCACCAACCUGUGCCUGCGUCCCUGCCCAGCCCCUUCACGGGCCUGUUGUGUGCGCGAUUUUCUGCGUUGAGCAAUAGAGAACACAAGGUGCAAAUAUGUUUACCAAAAAAUCGCAUGCAGACGUUAAGAAGUCGACGGCCAAGCUACAGGAUUGCAAAAAGGAUUCAGCCUCACGCCUGCGACAUCUGCGCAUGAUAUUGGAUAAUGUGGAGCUUGAGGAAUCCAAGUCGCUGUUCGAGACCAACUACAGUCAUGUGUACUUCAUACUCUACGACACCUUCAUACAAGCGGAGGCGAACCUAAAGCAGAAAGAACUUCCGUUUCAUAUUGUCCACAAAGCGCAUCGCGAGGAGCUAGACGGUUCACUAUGGCUGCUGGAGAAGAUUCUGUGCCUGCUGCCGGAGCUGUUGGCCCGUCGCUGGCAGUGCCACUCACUCAGCCGCAUCAUGGCCAAGCUGUUGCAUCUGGGCAACUCCCCAAAGCUGAGACGAGAAGGCGUCAGAUAUUUCCUGCUGUGGUACCAGACUCUGGGCGAGAAUGCCCCUGGCUAUGUGCAUGCCAUGUAUGCGGAUCUGAUACCCGGCUUGAUUGUCCCUCAGAAGGGUGUGCUGGGCCCCGACACGGAGUUCAGCGCCUCGGACUUUCUCACACAUCCGAAUAUGAAGGCAGACGGUGGCAUGGCCUCCGUCUUUCACGACAAUGCCUUCUCCCAUCCCGUGCAGAGCUCAGAGCUGAUGGCACUGCUGCCGCCAUCCUCCAGCGAAAAGUCGGCGCCGCCAGAUCCCCGCGAUGGGCUCGAGGUGCUGCUCAAUAGCAUGGUCCAUACAGCGGCGUGUCUGCGAUGGCGCGACAAUCGCGCCCAGAAGGACCAUCGAGCCUUUGCCUUCCUGCUGCAGCGUUUCAUGGACGUGUUCCUGCCCGUCUUCUCGCCCAACUUUGAUGUCACCUGCUCGAUCUACAAUCCCCGCCUGGACAUGCCCGUGAUGCGAUCAAUCAACAAGAAGGACGAGGUCAUGGCCUCCUGUGUGGUGGUCCUCAUCAACUGGGUGUCGCGUUUCACCCACGAGCGUCUGCUCAGCCACCGCCUGGACUGCACGCUCCACAUCGAGGAUGUGGAUCAUGUGCGUCUGCAGGGCUACCAGCAGGGACUGAUCGUGCGGGAUGUCUUCUACGUGAGCCGCGAGAACAUAAACUUUGUGCACGAGGUCUACCGCCAGGCAUUCCUCCUGAACUUCACCUCCAAGCCGCAGAUCGAGGCCAUACGCACGGCCAUCGCGGUGUAUCGCGACUGGAUGACGGGCGAGACGCCACCGCCGUUCCUGCUGGAGCCCAACGAUGAUCCGCCGCCUGCCUCGACGGCAGGUGGAACCCCACGCAGCCAGCGACUGCGCACACCAUCGUAUGUGGGCGCCAUAGCGGGCUCCAAGGAGCAGUUGGCCGUGCGCGCCGGCAGGCAGAACGUACUGCAGGUGUUUGUAACGAAUGCUGCCAACGUGUUCCUCGUGAAUACGGCCAAUCUGAACAUUUGUUUCCCCGCACGAUCGCGCAACUAUCGCUCCACGCCGCUGGAGGAGCAGACGGAGAUCUGCAAGAAGGUCCUAAAUGUCUAUCGCACGAUGGUAAUGAACACGGACAUGGAUUCGCGGACGUGGGAGCAGCUGUUGCUGGUCCUGCUGCAGGUCACCUCCGUGGUGCUGCAUCAGAAUCAACAUCAUCAUGGAUCGGUCGGCGGGGGUGGUGGUGUUGGCGGUGGUGCCCCCAAGACGGCCACUCUGGGCGGCAUCUUGGGAUCGGCCAUCUUCCAGACGCUGAUUGUCACCUGGAUACGGGCCCACACCAAAGUGCCCGUGAAUGUGCUGCUGUGGGAGAAGUUCCUCAAUGUCCUGCAGUCGCUGACGCAUCGCGAGGAGCUCAUUGUGGAGUGGAACAAAACGAUACAGACGCUGACGCGCGUCUUCUCGCGCUACACCUACGGCAUCAGUCUGCUCGACUUGCCCCUGGAUCGCGUGGCCGAGAGUCGGGCGGAGAAGCGUCGCCGCAUCGGCACCGUGUGGCAGGGAUCGGGCGGCAGCAGCAGCACGGCCAACGGUGGACCCGCCUCUGGCUCGGCCAUCAGCAGCAGCGGGCAGAACCGUCAGCGCGAGUCGCUGGCCGAGUCGAACAGCAGUCGCUCGGACGAGGCCACGCAGGUGGCACUGCUGCCCGCGGGCCACCACCCACGGCCCCACGGCCAUCAGCACUCGCAGUCGCAGGGCGGCACUGGGCACGGCUCUCGACCUGUGCCCCUCACACCGAUGCUCAGCAGAAGCUAUAGCGAGGGCAGCUUGGCGUCGGCGGCCAGAAACUCGCGCAUCCGCCGUCGCCGAGCAGCCACGCCCAAGCCGAAGCCUCUGCAGCAGUCGCAGCAGCUGCUGGGCGAGCACCGGAUGCAGCAGUGCGGCGGUGGCGGAGCGUCGAAUGCACAGGAUAUGAGGCGAGCCAUGUCACUGGACUCGCUGGCGGCGAUACCCUCGCGAAAGGGUGGCGAGGCGGACGAGACGGAUAGCUACCAGGAUGGCGACAAUGAGAGUGGGGCGGGGUCGCGGAGUCCAUCGCCGACGGCCAGCAGUGGAAUCGAGGGGGGAUCCAUCAAGGAUGCCCAGCUGCAUAUCGAUGCGAGUCUGGAUGAUGCCAAUUCCGGCAGCUAUGGCAGCGGCAGUGGCUCCGGCAGUGUCUCCGGCCGUCGCUGCAUCAUUCUUGGCGGCUCAGCCGAGGGCUGGCACCCGGACUCCACUUCCAUCAUGUGGAAGCGCAUGCUGGGCGCCCUGGGCGAUGUGAAUCGCAUACCAAAGGCGGACCUGCAUGCCCAGGUGUUUAUGCAUCUGCUGGAGAUGACGCAGAACCUGAUCAAGAUCAAGCAGAAUCAAGGGAUAUCCACGGACAACCAGAGCACACCGCCGCCCCCCACACUUGUGCCGCCGAUCGGGAUCGUGGCUCCGUGGUGCUACGGCUCCCUCACCCUCGAUCGAUCCUUCAAGAAGGGCAAGCUGUGGGCGCUGCAGUUGCUCUGCUCGCUGGCCCUCCACGGGGCCGUGGGUCGGCAGCAGUUCCCGCUGUUCUACCAUGCGCUGCACCAGCUGCUGACUGGAGAGGAUCGCGACCUCAUCUAUGCCAUUCUCAAGUACUUGGAGGGGCCGCGGCUGCUCAGUUUGCUGCUGCCGGGACACACGCUGCUGCUGCUCGACCUGGUGCAUGCGAGCGCCAUACUCCUCACCUCGCUGGAGGUCUCACGCAGCACGCCGAGGGCCGAGGUGGCAGCCCUGCUGGGCUCCCUGCUCUGCUAUCCAUCCUCGCUGCUGCCGCGUCCUGUGCUGCAGCCCUCGCCGCAGAAGUUCGAGCUGAUGGAGUGCCCCGAUCUGCAGGAUCACAUCCUCAACAUUGUGCUGCGUUGUGCGCGUCGCGAGCCCUCGUCCAAGGCCCGCUGCAUAGCCCUGUCCCAGCUGGGCCAGUGGCUGCUCCAGCGCCUCUCCCAGCCCUCAACGAACUCUGCGGCCGGCCGUGCCGCGCCCUUCCAGCAGGCAGUGCCGCAUCCCAAGGACAUCCAUCCCAAAGAGUCGAAGCAUUUCAAUCCGCGCAUCAAGGAAGUGCUCCAGGUGCUGCUCCAGGCGCUCCAAUUCAAGCAUCACACCAUUGCCAUGGUGGCCGUCGACUCCCUGAAACUCUGCGCGGAGCGGGGACGCCAACUGGCGGCGAUAGAGCGCGUUCCGCAGCUGAUCAUCACGGCGCUGUGCAAAGCGCUGGAAAUCCAGAACGUUUCCAAGCCCAAGGACUCGGACAAAGUGGUGCUCACAUCGCUGAUGCUCUGCCUGGGCGAGUUCUGCAUGGCGAUACCCGCCGCCCUGAUGCUGGCGCCGCUUAACGAAAACGGCGACACACUGGUGCUGCAAGUGCUGCGCGUCCUCCUCCAGGUGGCAUCCGGGGCACCGCGUCACGAGCGCGUCAAACUGACGGCCGACGAUGACUUCGAUAUGCACAUUGCCCACGACGAUCUGCAGGGCGACGGACGACUGCCGGAGGCCACCUACCAAACAUCGGAGACCAUUCAGGCGUGCAUCACGGCCAUCCGGCUGUGCGCCAAGGCCGUGUCCAUGCACCUGGUCACCCACAUCGGUCACUUUCCCAUGGGCAUUGGCGCCUCGCGGCUCAGCUCGAUGGUGGAGGAGCACGAUGACAUUGGCGGGUCGGCCCUGGGCAGCCAGGUGGACACGCGGCGCGACUCUGUGGACUUGCCCUCGGUGGUGAGUGCCCAGAAUGUGCAGCUGUUCAUGCUGAACUCGGGUCUGGUGGCCAGUUUCAUAGAGCUGCCGACGCUGAAGCUGCCCGGUGGCGGCAUCACCGCCGGCCUGGUCACCGCCGAGAAGCAGGUGCGUGUGCUCAUGCGGGAUCUCAAUGGGAAGGCCUGUUGGGAUGCCUCCAUACUGUACUCGGAGCCGCGCAAGAUGGAGGAGCCUGCACAGCCGCAGCGACCAACGCCAAAGCUCCAUCAUCACCAGCAGCAGCAGCAGCAGCAGAACAUGGACUCGAUGGUGUCCUCCAUGAUGGGAGUGGAGAUGCAGCCGCCGCGUCACACGCUGCGCCAUCGGCCGGCUGGAGUCUUGCCGCUGGCCAAGGACAUGGCGCCGGAUCUGGACCAGCUGGACGACAUGCUGGCCUACAUCGGGCACACCAGUCCCGAGUGUGUGGCCCCCAAUGUCGUCCAGCUGAAUGCCCCGACCAGCAGUGCGCUGGGCAACAACCAGGAGGCGCAGGCCAUCUCUGUGAUCCUGAACCAGCGCCUGCUCGAGCAGGAGUUUGUGAUGCACACGGCCCGGGCGCAUUCGCCAGCGUUGCGGCAUGCCGGCUCCAGCUCCUCGCUGCACCAUCAUGCAGGAUCAUCGUCUGUGGACCAGCGGUCCCUGCACUCGGCCUCCGCCUCGUUUGACUCGCUGCCCACACGCACUGAGAUGCCCUUCCAGUAUUGCCGGCUGCUCUUCUCGCAUCUAGGCCUCGCGGGCUGGGAGCGGCGCUCGCGAACUCAUCUGCUGCAGCGCACGGAGAAGCUGAUGCGAGAGCUGCGCAAUGUGGAUCUGCAGAAGUGUCGCGAGACGCACAAGAUGGCCGUCAUCUAUGUGGCCGCCGGGCAGGAGGACAAGGGCAGCAUCCUGAGGAACACCAGCGGCAGCAGCACCUACGAGAUGUUCGUGUCGGCCCUGGGCUGGGAGAUCGAUCUGGAGACGCACAACGGCUUCUUGGGGGGUUUGCCGCGGCAGGGAUGCGGCGCCACGGCGCCCUACUAUGCCACGCCCUUCCUGGAGGUUGUCUACCAUGUGGCCACCAGGAUGCCCUCGGACUCGUCGGAGGCAAUGCUGCUGAAGACGCGUCAUCUGGGCAACGACGAGGUGCACAUUGUGUGGAGCGAGCACCACAGGGACUACCGGCGUGACAUCCUGCCCACAGAGUUCUGCGACGUGCUCAUUGUCGUAUAUCCGCUGAGAAAUGGCCUGUUCCGGGUGACUGUCAAUCGGAAGCCCGAGGUGCCUUGGUUUGGGCCGCUGGCCAAUGAGAGCGUUGUCAGUGGCGCCUGCCUGGCCACGCUCAUCCGGGCGACAGCCAUCAAUGCCAGUCGAACGAAGCGCGCUGCCCUGCCGCUCUACCAGCAAUUCUACGAGGAGCGCAAUCGUUCGCUGGACAGCGUCUCGUCGCGGUACAAGGAGAGCACUACAUUUGAGGACUUUGCCAGUCGCAUCUACAACCCGAUGCCCCUGUCCACGCUGGGAAUGCUGAGGGAAUCGAAUGCCAGCAGCUCGGCGGCGCCCCUGGCCUCCGCCCUGCUCGAUCAUAAUCGCGCCUCGGUGAAAGGUUGGGUUCAGGCCUCCAUUGAUUCGGGGCCCAUGCUGGGCAUUGCCCCAUCUGCCUCGGCAGGAUCAACGGCGGCCAUGGAGGCGGCAGCGGCGGCCAGCAACAUGACAUCCGCAUCGCCACGUGGUCCCCGCAAGCUGGGCGCACCAUUCAAGAGUGUGACCAAGAAGCAUUCGCUGCAACAGAUCGUCAUUGGAGGUGGCAGCGUCAGUGCCAGUGGGGAUACGCCGCCCGAGAGUCCAACGAUGCCGCAACGACGCUUUAAAUAAUAUUUCUCAUAUUCUUUCGAUUCCCAAUACUAACAUUCCCCCCGCCACGCCCAAGCCACGCCCCACAGUUCGUUCCAGGCGAUGUACACAAUCCCACGAUGUAGAGAUCACAGAUCCCAGAUCCCAGAGGGUUGUGCGACAAAAGUAUUGCGAAACACGUUUCCUCCUAUGUUUAAUUAUUGUAAUUUAUUUCUUUAUUCGCUUUCCAUUUAGUCUAACUAAUCAAUGUAUUUAACUAUUUAUUUGUUGCUAAGCCACCCCCUAAUCCCCCUAAUCCAAUGCUACUCUGUCUCUCUGUUCCAUUUGCAAGAUCAGAUUGUGUUUUAGGUACUUGUGAAUUUUAUUUAGUUUACUUUUACAUACACAUACGAGAUAUAGUAUCUUUUUUACGUAUUUAUUGAUGAUUUCGCUAGCAUGUU